CGCUUCCCUAUCUUGAACCUCAGCUUUGCAGACUGCCAACCAGCUCAGUCGCUGUAUAUCGCUCAAGAUGUCGACCAUACUUCGUACGUUGCGGAAUCUGAGGAGGAUCGGAUUGAAGGAAUAUGGACACCAGAUGCAGUACAUCGGUGAUACCAAAGCUGGCACCUUGAUCGCUACCGACCGCUACGGCAAUAAGUAUUACGAGAAUAUGGAGGAGGAGCUUCCUCUCCGGACAAGAUGGGUCGAUUACAAGGAGAAGGAAUAUGACCCCUCGCAGAUCGAGCCUGGCUGGCACGCCUGGCUUUCUUACAUGGUGGAUGCGCCUCCCACCCAGGACAAGAUCUUGCAGACUGGCCUCCGCGCUUGGGAAUUGCCUGAGCACAGGCCUAACCUGACUCUCAGCCGUGGCGCUUACAAGACCUACUCGACUGUGAAGCCCAAGUACUCCGCUUGGACCCCAGUUGCCGCUCCUCGGUAGAUGGAAUUUGACGAGAUAGAUAGAAGUGGAGGUCCGGCAUGGCUGGCGCAAGCUUCGUUUGGUUUCUUUGACCCUCUAGCCAUUAGCUCUGUGGUUGGGGAUGUGUAAAUAAAGAUGUUCUAUUGCUCGUUCGAUUUUAUCAAAAGGAUUCAAAGUUAAGUUCC